UUAUGCCAUGUUUGUGCUAACCAGAAAUAAGAGAAGCAGAGAUGGUGACAGUGGAGACGAAGAAGAUGAAGAGAAACCAUUCAUAAAAGUGGCUGCUAUUUGCGGCUCUUUGCGUAAAGCUUCCUACAACAGAGGCCUCAUCCGUGCUGCGAUGGAGCUCGCCAAGGAACAAAUCGAGGGCGUCCACGUGGAGUACAUCGAGAUAUCAGCGUUGCCGAUGAUGAAUACGGAUCUUGAAGUGGGUGGUACAUAUCCGGCGGAAGUGGAAGCUUUCCGGCAGAAGGUUCUGGAAGCUGAUUCCUGCCUCUUUGCUUCUCCUGAUUACAACUACUCCAUCACUCCACCUUUGAAGAAUGCAUUAGACUGGGGAUCAAGACCUCCUAAUGUGUGGGCUGGGAAAACUGCUGCAGCUGUAAGUGCUGUUGGCGGUGGGAGAAGAGCACAGCUUCAUCUCCGUCAAAUUGGAGUAUUUCUUGAUCUUCAUUUCAUCAACAAACCAGAAUUCUACCUUAAUGCACACCGGCCACCGGGAAAGUUCAACAGCAACGGUGACUUGGUUGAUUCAGAGACAAAAGAGAAGCUUAAAGAAAUGAUUCUUUCCUUACAAGUAUUCACGUUGAGACUUCAAGGCAAAUGCUGAAUUGUUUUGGGUAACACAAAAUAAGAACUAGUACUGGAACAAUUUGAUUCCUUUUCUUGUGAUUAGGACCUGUGUUUCAAAAUAAUUAAGAUUAGGACUCCUGUGGAAAUGUAUGUUAUGGGCAUAAUAUUUUUAAUUUAUACAGUGUA